AUGAAGUCGUUCCAAUCCUUGUGUCCGCUUGCUCUUCGCUCAACCAUUCCACCCCGCAUCAUCCGCCCUAGUCAACUUGGAUUCCACUCCAUUUCAAGAACCACAGGCCAAAUGAGUUCCCAAAGAGAAGACUCAAUUCCUCACGAGCUGCGCACAGCUGCAGAGCCCCGGCAAAAUAGACUAUACCCAGUGCGGCUAUCGCACAUCGAGCAUGUCAACCCCUCUGUUCGACUAUUACAGUUCACUCUACCUUCCCAGGAGAAUAAUGAUAACGAUCAACAGCCAUUCAGCUUCCUCCCGGGCCAAUGGCUUGAUGUUAAUAUUCCCUCUAUCGCCCACGCGGGGGGAUUCACCAUCACCUCCACCCCGGCAGAUGCGCAGGUGCUGCCGUCGCCAGAGGCUUCUCUAGACCCAUUGGCUGGUGAGGCGCUGGAACCAUCUUCAGAAUCCCAAGGACGACCACCAUAUGUGGAACUGGCCGUACAAGACUCUCCAGGUAACCCAUCCGCCGCAUGGCUAUGGAGACCAAAAGAAGAGAUCCUUGGCAAGGAGCUGAAUAUCCGAGUUGGCGGAAGUUUUAUCUGGCCUCCAACUGGAGUCAGUAUUAAUGAUGUUAAGAAUGUGGUCUUCGUUGCGGGUGGUGUUGGUAUCAACCCUUUGAUAUCCAUGCUUUCCCACCUAAACAACAACGAACCCCACACCCCCAACCCAACAACCAUCCACAUUUUAUACUCCAGCCGCCUACCGCGAGACAAGGAAGCAGCAUCAGCAGAUGCAGUACUAGACCAAAUCUUGUUUCUCCCGCGUCUGCGCCAGAUAAUCCGAUCUCAAGAGAGUUCGCAUCGGCUCCAGAUCUCGCUAGACCUGUUCCUUACGGAUUUGGCUUCAUCACCUGACCUUUUCUCGUCUGGGUCCCCUUCUGAUCUCAAGAUUCACCCAGCGAGGAUAACUGAUCGGGAUCUGCGCUCUGUAGCUGUGGGUAAAACUGGCGAAUUGGAUUCUCGGGGCACAGUAUGUUAUGUCUGUGGGCCGCCUGCUAUGACUGAUUUUAUUGUGGAGAAGUUGGUUGGAAUGCUAGGGGAUGGCGGGGAGCAGCGAGUUUUAUUCGAGAAAUGGUGGUGA